CCCUCGGAGAGUGCCUCAGGACCCCCAUCUGCCAGUCAGUACCCUCCGUUCCUGAGCCCGGCCGUGUCCUGCCCCAGGUCGCCCUGCCCGCCCGGCAGCUCCAGACGCUGGAGUGGAGCUCGGUGCAGUGGACUGGGGACCCUGCGGCUGGACCGUGUCCUCGCUCCCAGCUUUGAGCCCACCGAGGGUGGCACCUGCGUUGUCAACCCCACAGACCUGUUCUGCUCUGUUCCUGGUCGCUUAUCUCUCCUCAGCUCCACUUCCAAGUACAAAGUGACCAUUGCAGAGGUGAAGAGGCGCCUUUCACCACCAGAAUGCCUCAAUGCUUCCCUCCUGGGAGGUAUUUUAAGAAGAGCAAAAUCCAAGAAUGGAGGACGCUGCUUGAGAGAAAAAUUAGACAGACUGGGACUGAAUUUGCCUGCAGGAAGAAGAAAAGCAGCAAAUGUCACACUCUUGACUUCCUUGGUAGAAGGGGAAGCAUUACAUUUGGCCAGAGAUUUCGGCUACACCUGUGAAACAGAGUUCCCUGCCAAGGCGGUAGGAGAGCACAUUGCCAGACAGCACAUGGAACAGAAAGAGCAGACAGCGAGGAAAAAGAUGAUCCUAGCGACAAAACAAAUAUGUAAAGAAUUCCAGGACCUUCUCAGUCAAGACAGAUCACCCCUUGGAUCCUCCAGACCGACUCCAAUAUUAGACCUCGACAUCCAGAGACAUUUAACACAUUUCAGUUUUUCCACUGAGUCCCAGUUCAUCAAGAUCUGUAAACAUGUGUCCAACCUGAAGUACAGCAUAGUCCCCAUGAAGGGAUCAGAAGUGCUGGGUUUGCUCAAACUCAAAGUUCACACAAAGAAUAAAACAGAUGAAAUCUUCAAAGGAGCUGCCAGUGAGCCUGAAAACUGCUGA